CGCAGUUCCCAAGCUCAUCAAAAUAGUGCAAACGUAACCUCAUCCCUUUGCUUUGCCAUCAGUAUUGUGUAUCUGUUGGUAUCCAUUGCAAGCGAAUUCUGAGGAUAUUACUGCAAGAGGAGGAUUUCUUUCUUCCAUUUAUCAACAUUAACAUUUUAGCAAACUAUCCGACCGGUAGCAAUCAUGGCGGACGGCGACAACUUUGAGGAUGAGCUCUUUGCCGAUCUCUACGACGAUAAUGACACAUCCAAGGUCGCCCCAGCGCCCGCUGCCGAGACCAAGCCUGCAGAACCAGCACCUCAACAACAGGCCGCUGGUGCCAGCCAUAGCGAGAAUGUAAACACCCAAGGGGAUGACAUGGACGAUGACGACGAUGACGAUGAUGUCGACUUCAACCUUGGCGGCGGAUCAUCCAGCGCCAACCAAGUAACACAACAACCACCACAACAAGAACAAGCAGAAGCAGAGGAUGAAUACGAUCCUGCUGCUGAUAACUCCGGACCUGUACAAAAGUCUCAAUCAAAGGAAGACGGGUAAGUUCAAUUAUUGCGAAUGUGCGUCGAAUUUGUAGUACAACAGUCAUGUGUUGGGAAACGGGCAGCCACCAUCUGUGCGUGUUUACUAUGGCCCGAGGUGGUACAGCCAUCUAGUUUUCUUGGGUUGCCAAGCAAGAGCCUUUCGGUCGGUGACUCGAACCGUGCGCCUUCAUAUCCGCUUAGAAGAACGUGCAGUUCUUAUGAGGGAGAGGUCUCAAUCGGCACUGGAUGAGCGCAUGACGGGCUAAACGCGCUGCUGAGGGACGCAGCCGGAGGUUGAUGGCAGUUUUGCCAAAGGCGAAAUGUCCGACCUUGGUUGAUCUUGAGACUAAAUGAGGGAUAUAUCAAGUUGGAUAUACACAAUGAAUAAUCCACUGUAUCCACAGCGCCUCAUUGCUGGACUCUUAGACAUCGCAGAUAUUAGCAUUAUAUCAGCAACUAUCUAGCCAGAGACAGUCAGAUCAAACAGUCAAGCCGAUAGCCAAAGACAGAUCAAGAGAAAAGAUACAAGAAAACAAGGAUAUCCGACAACACUUGGGAUAUGGAAUAUUUGACUUGAAAUCUUUGUCAUUGUUAAGCCACCAAGACGACCCUCUUCCUGCUUUCGCCUGGUUGAGGGCACAACGGAACCUCAACUCAACCUCCAAAUCAACAUCACUGGCGAAGAGACUGCCAACAACCAGAUUGUGCUUCAAUUCUGUAUAAUAAUACUAUGCACAAUGGAGUCCAAUCUGCAGGUCCUCUCAGAGCCGUUCCUCAGCCUUGUUACUCCACCCAUGCCUCGCCAACUUCGACAUAGUUAUUACUUCUUCGACUGCAUCACUCCAAUUAAACCAUGUGGUUUACACUAUUUGAUUUACUAACAUGUUUCUUGAUGUAGCAAAAUGUUUAUUGGUGGACUAAACUGGGAGACGACAGAUCAAUCACUCCGCGAAUACUUCGAGAACUUUGGCGAAGUUGUUGAGUGCACUGUUAUGCGCGAUGGCGCCACAGGACGAUCAAGAGGCUUUGGCUUCCUCACAUUCAAGGAUGCCAAGACUGUUAAUAUCGUCAUGGUCAAGGAGCAUUUCCUCGAUGGAAAGAUUAUUGAUCCUAAGCGCGCUAUCCCAAGAGAUGAGCAGGAAAAGACUAGCAAAAUCUUUGUAGGAGGUGUUAGCCAAGAUACGACAGACCAAGAAUUCAGAGAGUUCUUUGCUCAAUUCGGUCGCGUUGUUGACGCAACUCUUAUGAUGGACAAGGACACUGGACGCCCCCGAGGCUUUGGCUUCGUCACCUUUGAGAACGAGGCUGGUGUUGACGCCUGCAUUGAUAUUCCCCUCGAGAUUCAUGGCAAGCCAGUUGAGGUGAAGCGAGCCCAACCGCGAGGCAACUUGCAGGAGGAUGACGCUGCGAAGCGUAAUAAGUUCCGCAAGGACGAUCAGCAAAACAACAUGCAGCAGAUAGGUGCCAACAGUAGCAUGACGCCACAAGCCAUGGCGCAACACUUCCAACGCAUGCAGCAGUACUUUGCCAUGAUGCAGUCGCAGAUGGCUAUGAGAAAUAUGAAUCCCGCCAUGUGGCAACAGAUGCAGAUGCAGCAGAUGCAACAAAUGCAAAUGAUGGGCCGUGGCAACGGUGGUAAUAUGAUGAAUGGCCAGCAGAUGAACCCCCAAAUGAUGCAGCAAAUGCAACAAAUGCAGCAAAUGCAGAUGCAACAGCAGCAGCAAAUGAUGCAACAGGGCAACGGCGGAAACUUUGAUGGCAACUUUGACCCGAGCCAGCAGCAAGGCGGCCACCAGGGAGGCCCAGGUGGUCGACGAGGUGGCCGAGGAGGCUACAAUGGCGGCGGUGGCGGCAACGUCGGCUGGGAGGGCGGGUAUGAUGACCAGUCUCAAGGUGCAAGCAGCAGCAACCAGGGAACGCCCGACCCUCAGCACGCACCUCCUGCCAACGCACCGACCGGACCCAAGAACGCUGGCCGUCCAGGAGCCAACUAUCGCGGCGGCGGCCGUGGAGGCAGCCGUGGAUUCCACCCCUACGGAAGGUAAAAGCCCGAUACAUGGAGGGGAGGGGGGAAUGGUACUGAGUCAGGUUAUGCAGCCGGCACUUGGCUUGGAGGUUAAUUCGUCAUUUCCGAAAGAGGUGGGCGGGCGCGGUGUGGAUGAUGUGAGUGAGUGAGCCUGCCCAUUCAUUUCGGAUGGUUUCUACUUUUGUCUUAAUCGCCCUUUAUUUCUUUUAUUUUUUCUACGGACACGGUUGUUUCCCGCUAUAUGCUUUUUACUUUCGAUACUCAAAAAUCAAUGUAAUCUUUUGCUAUGCUAGCAGAUUUCAAUCAAUCAAAAAACCAUUUACGUAUUGUACAAAAGCGCUUGUUUCAACGAGACCGUGUAUUGUAUUAGGACUAGGUCCUCCCAGAACUAGUACUUUCAGGGCAAGGGAAACUAUCGUAAUUCAUCAUCAUUAUGCUGGCGUACCAAUACAGAAGAAAAAACAGAGCAGCAGCAAUCCGCAAGUGACUAAAAGCGCUUACAAGUGUCCCCGUCCUCAAGCUUACGCAGCACCCCAACGGCAUCUGCCAAUAAGAUGCUUCUUCCACCGAGACAAUCCCUUUCCAACAGCUCCCUGGCCAAUCCUACGGCUCCCUGUGCGUUUCGUCGUCCAGAUAGACGAGCAAUCUGCCCAGGUUGCGUACCAGACGCCGCAUGAAGCCAGUGCAGUGCAGCGCUCCGUGACGGGCCACCGCUAGCUGCGCAGUCGCGGCCGGCAUGGCCAAAUGCCCAACAUAUGAGUGAGCACACGUAGAUGCCCCAAAAGUCGGAGAUGUCGCGGCCUAGGAUACUGCUAGUCUGAGACUUGGCAACCGACUUGUCAUCCAGGUAGAUGCCUAGGAAGAUGCGCAGAGCACGCGCAGCAAAGGCGACUGCGACGUUGGCACUGCCCGAAUCGCGCCAUGUGGCGAGCUGCUUCUGGUGCUGAGCAAAGGAUGCAGCGCGUAGAACCUUGCGGUUGAAGACCCAGCUGUCUCCUGAAACAGACAAGACGACGUGCAGCGGUGCAAAGUGUAGUGCAAGAUAUGUAAAUGCAACAGCAGAGUCCGAGAAUAUAUCGGCCAUGGUGAAGGAGUCAAUAUCGACUGUUGAGGCAUCUGCAAUCAGAUCAAGACGGGUUGCGCUCGCCCGCGGAGGUAACUGCAACACAUGCGCUGAUAGCAGAAUAGACGCAUCGAAUGGGCAGGAUUGAUACUCUCUGAUAGUGGCGGGACUCUGGGACAGAACCUCGCCGACUAUUUGUGCGUGAUGGCUGGCAGUGUGCAUGGAUCUCCACUUCUUUAUGCUAGAUGCUUCCCAGGCUGCCUUGGAGCGGGUGAAGAGAUACACUGGCAUGGUUUCUGGUUGGGUGUAUUGGAAGGCAAUGGGGCACGACUGCUGCUGUUCAAAGUAGCGCAUGCUGUGCACAUCAAGCAGGAAGCAGGCGGAAAUAAGUCUGCGCCGGGACUCCAUGUCAAUCCAUUGGUCCCAGGUCAUCGAAGACUGGAAAUCAGUUUCAAGCACGGCUUGGUCAUGCGUUAACUGGGGAACAUGUUAGCGAUACAAUAACAAAUAAUCGGUUGAGAGAUUUCCAUACCUUGUAGUACACUAGCUGGAAUAGUGCAGACGGUUUGUAGGCGUCCUUAUCCCGACCGCGGAAUCUCGAGUAGUAUUCAAAGAGUAUUGUGGCUUGUAGAAGAUCCAUAGGCCACGUUUGCUCAUUAAAGGCUGUGAAUUCCUCUGGCCGGGGAUGAGUCGAGUGUGAAAGGGUCAUACCAAACGCUUCUCUGAGCUUCUGAGAAGUGUACAUGUGCAGCUGGUUGCCGUUGAUGCGGUGAUCUUCAUGGGAAAGGAACUGAGUCGCCACUGCAGCCAUGGCACAAUGCAGAGUGCUAACAGGUUCAUUAUCCACGAGCUUUGCUUCUUUGAACGACGGGCGGUGGAUGAUGGGAUACAUGGCAUUGACCUUGUCCCAAUAUACAUCGAUAUAAAUGGGUAUUGACUCGCGCAGCGACUGCUUCAACGUGGUAGACAACGGUUCCAUAAAUGCGAAGCCAGCAUUGUGGACAGCUGGGACAGGUAAGGUUAAGCCAGAAAAUACCGACAGCGCUGGAGAUACUGGGGGAGGUGCGGCAAGUAGCAUCCCUGAAGAUGUCGCCGUAAUUGGUAAACCGGCGCCUCCAAACAUGGGAGUGCGGAGAGACGAUGUGAUGGAAGCGCUGCGUUCUUGAAAUACAUCUCUCAGGGAUUGAUCCAGCGUUGUUGAGGAGGUAGCAUAGGUGUUGAUGGCGGUUGCACCUGGUCUCACACUUUGACUGUUAGAUGUGUAGGCAGGAAUGGCCGUGGGAGAUCGAAACAACACGGAGUUGCGUCGAACUUCCCAAUCGGUGCUUGAAGAUCGGGAUUGGGGUUUUUGAACGAGGGCUACGAUGUCGGAUGGUGUUGAAAAGCUACUGCCGGUUGUGGAAGAUAUCUCUGGACUCUCUUGCCAUGAUGGCGGAGGUUGAUUGCCUACCGGUUUGCUGGAGAUCUCUGAACUCUUCACUAUAGCGGCCGUCGUUUGUAGUCCCUCUGGACUAUGCUGGAUCCGAGUGUCCAUUCCGUAGGUGUUUUGCAUUGGCACCAAAGGUCGGGUUUGCUGGUGUUGAUGUAUAUCUGGUCGGUCCAUUCGUCCAGAGCCGGUGUUCAUAGCUCCGACCGCCGUUUUAGCAUGUGGCCACUGUUUGACGCUAGAUGAGCCUGGUUGACUUGAUGAUCCAAAAUACGGUUGAUUAGAGCCCAUACCUCCAAGUGAAGGCAUGUGUUGAUGCGAGGACCUCGGAGAACUGCUGUACUCUCGUCCAUGUGGUGAUGUGUGUGCGCUGUCAGCGCUACCCGGAGACCGAUCGUCU